AAAUUUUUGUUUACAACUCAUAAUACAACUUUACAUUUUCAAUUAUUUAGUUAAAAUGUAAAUAUUAUCAUUUUAAUUUACGUUUUAAUAUUUGUAAAUAAGAACCUCUGCAGAUAAAAAUGGAAAUUCCAAGACGUUACACUAAAGCGGAUCAAUUGGAACAUUUAAAUUACCUGAAUAAAGUAAAGUUAGAAUUUUAUAAGAAAUUCAAUGCCGUAUCUAAUACCAAAAAAGGAUCGAAAGAUUUUGAUCAAAUCACAGUCAUAGGGACUGGCGCAUACGCUGUAGUGUACUUAGUAAGGGACACAGCGACAUUAUCAUAUUAUGCCAUGAAAGUAGUCGAGAAAAAAAUGGUUGUGGACAAAAAUCAUGUUAAAAACUUAAUUCUAGAAAAGAAAAUCACUGAAGCUAUAAAUUUUCCGUUUCUUUUAUCACUACACUGCGCUUUCAAAGAUAACGUGUACCUUUACUUUGUGUUGCCGUACAUUUCUGGCGGGGAAAUGUUUCAUUAUUUGCAGAAAUUUGGUAAAUUCAGUGAAGAGCUGUCUAAAUUUUAUGCGAGUCAAAUAGUUCUGGCGCUGGAGUACCUACACCACUGCCAAGUAAUCCACAGAGACAUCAAACCGGAAAACAUUUUGAUAGACAGCACAGGAUACCUGAAAUUGUGCGACUUCGGUUUUUGUAAAGUUGUGACGAAAAAGACAUGGUCUUUAUGUGGGACACCGGAAUACAUAGCCCCUGAGAUCAUCAACUCUAUGGGCUACUCAUUCUCCGUCGACUGGUGGGCAGUUGGGAUUCUCAUAUAUGAGAUGGUAGUCGGAAACCCUCCCUUCUUUUCAACAGACCCAAAAACGUUGUACGACAAGGUGCUAUCAUGCCACUACAAGUUUCCAGACAACGUCAGAGCAGAGUGCCGGUCGAUUGUGAAAGCAUUCCUGCAGUUGGAACCUUCUAAGCGGUUAGGAAUGACCAAGGAUGGGGCGUUCCAGGUGAAGAGUCACGAGUGGUUCAACGACCUCGACUGGGUUUCCGUCUUCAACAUGCGCAUGGAACCUCCCUUCAAGCCUCAAUGUGGUCAAAUGGGGGACACUGGUAACUUUCCCGAUUUAAAUUCCGUGAUCCUUAGGAAAUCCUCUAAAUGCUUGUAUAAGGAAGAAUUUGAAGAAUUCUAGUGCUAAUUACAAAAUAUAUGUUAUUUUGGUUAACUUGUGAUUUGGGUAUACCUACAACUUUGGUAUGUGGUAUGUGGUUCAGGAACUUUACGUUGUUCAAAAUUGUGUUGUAUUGUACAAUUUAAUAAAUAACAUUAAAUUGUAACUAUGUUUUCUGGA